AUGGCUUCCUCUCGCCGAGGUCAACCCUCGCUUUCCGUCCGUAUGCCUACCAACCAGCCUACCGACCGUCCUCCUAUCGAUGCUCUCUUCCUUAUUCACUUCGACGUCAAGGCCGGAUAUACAAUUCUCUGGAAACAAAAUGCACCAGGCAUUGACCUCGAAGGUCUCGUCGAGUACAAGUCACUUCCUUCUGGAUUGCAUACUGUCUCGGAAGACCUCAUCUACUUCGUCCACGAUAGCGUUCAUGCCGGCCUCAGCGCCUUUGUCAACAUGCCUUGCGAUGAGGAGGAGGCACGAAAUGCGAGGAUGUUUGCAGUUGGAGUUUUGGUCCCCCUGAGCUAUGGUCGUUUGGGUCGCGCUUGGAGACAUGCUGAAGGAUUGAAGGAAAUGGCUGCAAAGCUGGCAGAAGAUCGCAAGAACACGAGCAUCCUCGAGGAAUACUGGGUUGCAAACCGCGAAAAGGCCAGCAACGGCAACCGUUGUCUGUCAGGAGAGACCCCCGUGAGCUCUCCAUCUCUCAUCUCACAACCAUUUCAACGCAAGACCCAUAACCGCAACCGAUCUGCUUCUGAUGGCGCCGCUCUAACACAACCUGGAAACAAGCUCUCGCCAUACCACCCUGCCUGGAGUUUGACCAGUCUCUUGGACAAAUUUGGUCCUCUCAUCUUUCCCAUACAUCGCGCCGCAUUGCUGCGGAAGCGUAUUCUAAUAUCGUGCCAUGCUCCAGUUCAUGAAGUUUGUGAUUUUGUAUAUAAUCUGUCUGUUCUUUCCAACAUACCCCUGUCUGUUACCGAUAUACUCCCUACCUCAGCCUCAACACAACGUCUGAGACCACUCUUCUCCAUUGGUGUUCACGACAUCCCCUUCCUCAUGGACGAUUUUGAAGCUUCCAAGAGAAAACAGAAUGACGAGGAUGUGAUAGAUGAUGAAUCAGGUUCGGGUUGGAUCGCAUGUACUACUGACAGCAUCCUUGCCAUGAAGGAUACACUAUGGGAUAUGCUGAUCACUCUGCCCCCUGACUACUCAUCUAAUGCUACAGAAAGGGUUUGGCCCGUGGUGGAAUGUCCUCGUGGACAACCGAUCAAGGCUACUCAGCGAGAUCUCCGACGCUUUACUUCUCUGAAGAACGGUCUUUCUCGUCUUGCGGCUACCAACCAGACACCUAGCACGGUCCCAGAAUCGCCCGAAGAAGAGCGUUUCACACGCAGGGUCUCUACUCACUCAAACCACAUUGUCCGUGACCCACGAGACGAUGCAGUCGAAAAGGUCGUUGAGCCCCUGACCUGGGCAGCUUUUGCCUACAAUGGCUAUAUGUGGUGGGCCAGCGCUGGUGAACAAUUACGCUCGGAACAGCAAGAAGAAGCAACCCAUGAUGCUUCUCUACUCGCGGACUUUGGCCCAUCGUCCAUGACCAUGCCUCGUCCUGGCUCUCGUUCCGGGCAGCUAUCUGACUCACUUGGUUCUCUGAACGCCAGUCGCCAUGCCCCUGAUGAUUCGGGCGAGGCCCAGUUUGAGCUCGCCAUCAUCGCCUACUUCCACCGCCUGACAACACAAAUACUAUCUGUACUAGCCGAUCUAGCUGACAGCCAGGAUGAGCCCUACACUGACCAAGAUGACGACGAUGAGGGUCUAUCACAAGCCUCUGGUGAAAGAACACCACUUCGCCCCUCAGAUUCUGACCUCGGACCCGAUGACGCAGACGCCAUUCGUGUAGACAGCCACGCUGUGGAGAGCAUGGGUCUUGACGUUUGGAGCGAUGCUGACGCCCUCUUCAUUCGCGAACUGUCAAUCAAGUACUUUGAACGAUCCGCUCGCAUCGAAGGCAAGGGCGUCGAGGUCUGCGGUGUAAGAGUGUGUUGA